AUGCCGGUGCGUCACGCAUGUGCUAAAGCUGUCGAGAUGACAUUCUUCGAUCCUAUCAAACAGGCCAAUAAUAUGGUGAUUGCCAAGGUUAUGAUGGCUCAAAGGGCAAAAGCAGCUGCAGCGGCCUUGAAGCAGCAGCAGCAGUCGGCUCUUCAGCCGUCCUUUUCGGUCAAACGCAAGAGUCCAUCAACCACGUCAAAUUCGUCAGUUUCUUCCAUUACUCCUAUCACGCCUAUGGCUCAGACGAACGAAUUACCACAACUUCCGACAACUCCAUCCAUGUCUCAAAUUGCAAUGAACCAACAGCUGGCACAACUCAAUGCUGGCUUGGGUGCCGCAGGAGUUCCUUUACAACAAAACUCCCUACCCUCAAUACAGUCAGAGGCCCAACGACCAAUUUAUCAAGAGGUCAGACGUAAAUCAUUGCAGCCAGCAUUGAAAAAUGCAUCCAAAGCCAUGCUUGACGGAUCAGCUAGUGCAUCAAAGGCAGCCUACAAUAAGGCGUCAAACAUGGUUGAUAAUAUAGACAAGGACUCCAUGAAGAAAGUUGGCAAAAAGAUGGCAGCAUUCGCAGGGGCACUUGGUGUCCAGGCAGCACGAGACUAUGUACAGCAGGAAACAGGUGUCAGAAUCCCGCGCAUCCGGCCGAAUCAGAGACCGAAUCAACCGAAUCAGCAAGCUCAGGCUGCGAAUGCGAAUGCUCUUGCACAGUUGCAGUUGAAGCAAAAAAUAUUGCAACUUCAGCUGCAACAACAACAACAACAACAGUUGCAAGCUCAGAACCAAGCAGCCAUCCAAGCAGGUGCCGCCGCAUUGCCGAUGACCGCAGUGAAUGUGUUGGGACAGGGACAGGCUGGUACACCUCAAAUGACUACUGACAUACCGUCAAGUCAAGGAGUUGCGGCCGGGGUACUUCAUCAACCAACGCCGAUUACACUCGGUGGAGCGAGUAGUGUUCCUCAUGCCAUAGCGGUUGCUAGUACCCCAAGCCCUUACAAUUCCAACGUGAAUAGUGUGGCUCCAACUCCUUUGAGUCAACCAGACAAUGCACUUGGUGUAGCCGACUAUAACUCGAGUAGCAUAGCUACAAGCCAAACAAACAUGGCAUCAAAUGUGAGUAAUUUGGAUCCCAAUGGAAUGGCCCCGAUUCCUGCGAGUGAACUGCAAUGGACUUCUGGUGUCGGUCUGAGCUCGAGUCACAUGGCCCCUAUUCCACCGAGUGAAGCAAUUGCCGCUCCGAGCGUGCACAGUAUCGAUUCCGAGAUGGCUCCUAUUCCUGCGAGCGAACUGAACUCGUUGCCUGGUGCGGCCAAUAACAGCAUGGCUCCUUCACCAAGUGAAGCAGACAUAGCACCGAUUCCGCCGAGUGAACAAAAUGGAUACGCCUCAAAUACUCAUGAGGUAUCGCAGCACGCAUCUGACCAUGACAUGGCGCCAAUUCCUCCAAGUGAGCAAGCUUCAGCUGAUCAUAUCGCUCCCGAGGCAAAUAGUUCGCCAAAUGCCGGGGAUGAUCAUGCACAGCAAGCACCCUCACCUGCCGGCCACCCCGAAUCUUCACCACAUCAUCUGGAUCAUCCAGGCAACUAUCACCAGCCUUCCGUAGAGAAUGGGUCUGAAAGUGGAACUCAGCAAUCUGCUACGAAUCCGACGUCCUCAGACCAGCACACCAAUAAUGGAUCCAGUGUCUCCCAUUUAGACGGCAGCAACCACUCACCAGGUCAACAGCAUGAGUCUCAGAGUGCGCCUGGUCAUCCUCAUACUCAGCAAUCUCACGAUAGCCACUUUGCAGGACCUCAGCAGAACUCGCAAGCUUCUCUUGGUCAUUCGAAUGCGGUGCAGUCUCAUGGUAGUCACUUAGCAGGUAAUCAGCAUGACUCGCACGCUGUUCACAGCCUUCCUCAUCCUCAGCAGCCCCACGAUCAUCAUGGUCUCAACUCACAUGCAGGUCAAGCGGGUCAUCAAAAUCAUCACCAGUCCCAACCUGGCCAUGCUAACAACCAACCUUUUUCAUCACCUGCUACUCCGACACCAAGUCAUAGCGGUUAUCAGCAAUUUACUCCGCAGUCAGGGAACAGCCCAAAUGUGCAUGGUUCCUCACCCAAUCUCCAUCCGUACGCAGGAAGCCAGCCCCAUCCAUAUCCCCCAACGAGUUCUUACCCAGCUCCGGCAAGUCAACCUCAGUAUGCAAACAGUCCAAGUCCCCAUCAACAGGUGCAUGGUCCCUCGAGCUCCCCUCUGCCACUAAAUCACGCCAAUUCCUUGCCAGCGAGACCCCCAGUCUCAGGUGGAGGACAGGCUGACGAGUAUUAUCAAAAUCAUCCUCUAAACCAAGGAGUUGCAUCUGGUGGACCCUCUCCUGUGCAUAGCCCUAAUCAGCAGCAGCAACAGACCGUCUCGCACCAUCAGACAACCCAGUUCCCGCCACCUUCUCUCCCGCAGAAUCCCAUAACUGCAAUGACAGGCAACUCGUUCCAGCCGUUACCCCAGCCACAACACGCAGUAGCCUCAACGGCAUCGAGCACUCCACAACUAGGUCACUCGCAGCUACACAACCCGAUAACUGGAAUAUUGCCUGGAGCAACGCCUGGACCACCGAUGACGAGCACCCCCCAACCAAGGCCGCCUACCAAACCACACAACCCAAUAACCGGAAUAUUGCCUGGAUCAACGCCUGCGACAGCCGGCUCUUCACAAGCACCUCCGCAGAUUAAUAUCAAUGUGCAAGCUGGAGGGUCUGCUCAAAAUGGUGCGCCUGCGGUUUACAAUCAAGUUCAGAUGCAGCAACAGCUCAAUACGAAUGUGCAGAAUCAGCAAAUACAAGCAUUACAGCAACAGCUUCAGAUGAUGAACCUUCAACAGCAGCAACAAACUCAACAAUUUCAAUCCCUGGCUCAGGGAGGUCAGAAUGGCGGAAAUUCAAGUGUUAUCGAGCAACUGGGAGUGCAGAUCAUAGCAAACCAGUUUCAAGGACAAGGGCAACAAGGAAACCAACACUCGGCUCUUGCAGAAGGGCUUUCUAUUAUCGAUAAUCUGACGCAAAAUAAUAAUAAUAACAACAUGAACAACAUGAACAGUCUCCUGCAACUGCAACAGCAACAAGAGCUGCAACAAUUGAAUCUCCUGAAUCAAAUGACAGCUCAGAGCCAACUCAAUGCUGACACGAUUAUCAUAAACGAUCAAACGCAGACCAAUCUUGAACUGGAGCAGUUGAAUGCCCAACUGGCUUCUCUACAAAGUAUGUCUGGGGUGAAUGAUGCAGCUUUUAUGGACAGCAGCCUGGGCGUUAUUGACGUUAAUACUUACAAUGUGAAUAUCGACGUUGAUCAGUCGAUUGAUAUGCAGUCCAACAUGGGCAUUGGAUUUGACAUGACAUCUACCACAGAUGUAGGCUUUGAUAUGACGUCUACCACGGAUAUGGGAUUUGGUAUGACUGACACUUCGGCUUUUGUAUCAGACACCAGUUUUACUGAAGUCGAUAUUGAAUAUUGA